AUGAAUGUUUUUACCUUUCAACCUGGGCGGCUUUAUCGGCCUGGUUUCAUCGAGGCUGGCGGGGACAAGUUUAUUAAAGUGAUCCACUUCUGCUGGUCCCUAUCCUACUGGACGUCCCCCGUGCUGCUGACUGUACUCUACAGAAGAGAGUACUUCAGCACGGAGGGGUUGACGACCAUCGCCAAGUUCCUCAUCUCUAUCGGGAUCAUCUACGCUGUGUCCUUCUUCACCAGAGGUAUUGGCCGUUUUUCUAACCCAGACUAUGUGACCUUUAUUUCAACAUUGAUGACAUGUGAGAGAUCUCUCACUGAGGCCAACAGGCGAGCUUUGUGGCGUUAUGACUAUGAGUUCUGGGCGUGGCCGGUGGAUUUCCGCUGGGCUGAUGUCAAUCAAGGAGAUGUAAAGAAGGCCAAGGUUCAGAUUCCACGGUCGUCCCGCGGCCAGCCCGCUAGCGCCAUCUCCACACUGCCAUGCAACAUCAUCAGUUACAUUGCCAUUCACACCUUCGGGCGCAGGAUGGUCUACCCUGGCACAACCUCCAUCAUGAAGACGUUGAUCAGUGACACUCUAAUACAGAACAGAGCCAAGCUGGUAGAAGAGAAAAAGGGUGUGCGAGCGAAGGUGAUAACAGAGGAUGGCAAUGACAUUGACACCAUGUUCUUGGACCGACGCAGCGUCAAGUCAGGAAACGGCAACACACUGGUAGGUUGA